AUGUAGAAAAUAGGGAUUGCAGCUAUGAAAUGAACAAACAGAGACCGUGCUGAAUUGUACGCGGCCUAAACUUCUGUUUACGCCCGCCUUUUUUCCCGGAGGCAAUAGCGCUAAGUAGAUAUUAUUUAGGUCAAGCAGAAAAUGCGGCGAGCUCUAUCGCAGCUUCUCUCUGGAGGGAGUUCGUCAAGCUGGCUCUCGCAGCUUGGUGGAUCGACCGCGGGAAGCUUGCGGAGUGCAGGGGAAGCAUCCACCAGCUAUGGCGCUGCCAGCAUGGAUGAUAUGGUCUUGGUCCUGGCACGCAACCUGAGCGGCAAGGCGAAGGGCAAGCCCGCACCCAAGGGCGCGCCUGCGCCCCCGCCGCCCCCGGUCGCCUCCUCGGCAGUCACCGCCAACCCGGCAACCCGGAGCGCAGGCGCGCGCAUCCGCCGCAACCAGCCCCGACUGGACCCGCUCACACUCCUCACACCCCAACAACGCGAGCUCGCGGAAUCUCUCGCCCACCUCUCUCGCCAGGCCGCACAACCACCCUCCGCCACCGCCGCCGGCGCCGAUGCCCUGACGCCGGCGGCGGAGGCCGCCGCCGACGCGGCGGCGGAGGCGGCGGCGGCGCCGCUGCGCGGGCUGGGGGAGGUGCCGCUGCCGCUGCGGCGGCGGGAGGUGGCGGCGCUGGUGGAUGCGGCGCUGACGGGGGCGGCGGGCGGGCAGCAGGUGCACUUCCAGCCCUUUGUGUUCAACGACAUCUUCCAGAGCGCGCCCGCCGCCGCCACCUACGUGGCGGAGGCGCUGGAGAGCGGCUCGGCGUGGGGGCGCAUCGAGCGCUUCUUCCUGGCGGCGGCGGAGGCGGACGCGGGAAAGCUUGUGGCGGCGGUGCGGGUGGAGGUGGCGGGGCGCAUCGGCCGCAAGGCGGACAUGGCCGCCACCAAGUCCUGGGCCUGGGGCGACCUGCGGCUGGCCUCGCUCACCUCCAAGCUGGACUACGGCACGGCGGCCGCAAACACACGCAUGGGCGUGCUGGGCAUCAAGGUGUGGAUUCGCUACCAGCCCGCCGCCGCGCCCGACCUCUACUUCCCUGCCACAGGCGGCAGCGGCCUGCACGCGCCCCUGCCCGCCGGCGCCGCCCCCAGCAUGUCGCUGGACGAGCUAUACGCCGCGGCCCUGGAGCGCAGCGGCAGUAGCAGCAGCAGCAGCAGCAGCAGCAGCGUGGGGGGCGCUGGAGGCAGUAGCACGCGGUACGGGGCGGUGGGGUGGUGGUCGCGGCCGGCGGGGCAGCAGCCGGCGGCCAACCGGGUGCAUGAGGUGUUCACGCCCGAGUUCAACCCCAAGGCGGGUGACCGGCUGGACGGCUACCUGCGGCGUGCGGCUGAGUCGCGGCGCGUGUUCCGCUCCGCAGCCAACCGGGAGGAGUACAUGGCCACUGUGGGCAGGUUCCUGGUCAAGCAGCGGCAGGCUGCCAAGGCCCGCGCCGCCGCGGAGGCCUACGCCGCCGCCCUCUCCGCCACCAAACCCGCCACCAUACCCACCACCUCCUCCUCAUCAUCAUCAUCCUCGGCCAACUCCUCAGCCGCCUCUUCCGUGCCUGCUCGGCCUCGUUUGGGCCGGCGGCCGCACCGGCCGCUGGCGCGCUUCCCCGUGGAAGCCUUCUCGCCCUUGGGUCGACGUGGGCCGGUGCUGCUGCGUUGGCGGCUGCAGGCGGCGGCAGCUGUUGGCAAGGGCAAGGGCGGCAAUGGCGAGCGGCGGGCGUAGGGAAGCAGAGCGGAGCAGAGCGGAGUGGUUCGCUUCCAGGCUUGUGUGAGGACUGAGUUGGGGAAGAGGGGACGGGCGUUGGGGGCGGGGGGGGGGGGGGGUUGUCAGGGCCUGGGACUCUCGGUCGGCCGGCGGGUUGAUGUUUUGGUCUUGUGUGCUGAUAAGUGUGGAGUGUAGCUUAAAUGCGGCUCGACCGGUGUCAGGUGGCAAGGCGGAAAGGACAGACACAGACAGACCUGCGCAAUGACGGGUAAUGAGAAGGCAUGUGCCUGGGAUGAAUGCAGUUCGUUGAAACCAA